AUGACACCCCCUGCCCGCGGACGGGGUACCAGCCAGCGUAGCCCGACCGUCCUGGUCACCGAUUCCCGCGACCAACAGCCCGCAGCAACCCCCCGGCGCCGCCGAUCCCCAUCCACCCGCUUCAUCACCGUCGACAACGUGCUCCAGUAUGCCUCGGACGUCCCAUCCAUGCAACAGCGGCAUCCGCCGCCGAUCUCGCGCUCUCGUCGCCUUGCAUCCGCCGCAAGCGGACUAAUCACCAGCGCCAGCGGCAGUAGCGGUGCCAGCGCUGGAGCCAGCGCUACCAGCAAGGGUGGCCGACUUGCCGCGCAGCCACGUCUACCUCCGCGGACGACCAAGGUUAGCGAAAAACUGGUGCUACUCCCCGAUACCGGCGGGGUCGGGGAACCGGAUGAUGGCGAGGAGGAAGAUGAAGGGGAAGCGCGGGACGAGCUAGAUCUCGUGGACGAGGAACUUGUGCAGCGUCUGGCGCGGGAUAAACGGAUCGACCCCGAGGCUAUUCGGCAGCAAUUGCUGGCGCAGAAGCGGCUUGGUGGGGAUUUCGGGAUUGAUAAUGAGAUUGCGCCGUUGUUGGCUGAGGAGGAGGCGUUGCGGAAGAGGCGUGUUGCGCCUGAGCGGGCGAAGAGUUAUGCGGAGCGGUUACCCAAGGCGCGACGGACGGAGAAACUGGCGCGGGUGACGGCUUAUUGUACGGCGCAGGCGUAUAAGAUGGGGUCUGUGGCGGCGUUUGUGAAGGAGGCGCAUGGGGCGCGGACCAAGCUUUAUGAUGAUUGCUUGUACACGGCGUAUCAUCUGCCGCUGUUGCCGGGUCAUGACGGGUAUCGGCUGCGGAGUAGUCCGGUGUUGAAGUUCCCUGGUGGCAGGUCUUUGCUUGAUGAGGAGAUUGAGCGGAAUGAGCUGCGGGAUCAUCAUGAGGAUUACAUGGGUGAGGCUGAGGAGCAUUCAGUUGUUGGACAUGGUCGGCAUGAGGAUGAGCAUAAUGCUGAGGCUUCGUCGGGUGAUGAUAGCCAUGGGACGAGGGAGGAGCAUCGGGAAGGAUAUCUUGUUCGAAUUGCUGAGGAGGACGGUCGGAUUCGGGAAGGGAAUGAGAAUGCUACGAGUGCUGGCGAAAGCGGUGCAACGCAUAGCACGGCUCAUCCGGAAGUCGAACAGCCUCAAGAGAGUCCCGAGCCGGCGCCUCGACGCCGUCGUCACAGCUCUGAUGAUGGGCAUGCUCUAUUGAGGGAGCGUCCUUCCCCUCCUUUGAAGGCAGCAUCGGCCCCAGGGCCCGAAACGCCGGCCCGGACUUUGUACAAUGUCGCCGAGAUGUUCGUCUUCAGCUACGGUGUGGUAGUUUUCUGGAACUUCACGGAGCGACAGGAGAAAGAUCUGCUGGCGGAUCUCGCGUUUGCCACGUCCUCAGCAACAGGGACGCCUAUCCCCUUGACGACUAUGCCACUUCAUGAAGAAGAUUUCGAGACGGAAGAGUUCCACUUUGAGUACUCGACGGAGAUUUCGAGACCUCGAGUGUACAAUGAUAUGAUCACGCUCCGCAGUGGUGAUCAUAUGAUCAAGUUGGCUAUCAGUCAUGGCAUAUCCCAAAGUACGAAGUUGUGCUUCUUUGAAGAAGUCAUGGCUCGCCAGAUGGCUGAUGCAAAGGACGUCCCGCGUCGACUAGCCAUGACUGGAAAGUUGGGCAUGAAGCGUGAAGAAGUCUUUCGCAUUUUGGGUCGUCUUUUUCAAGAGCAGACAUCGAAUAUGCUCGACGUACCAAACUUCUUCUGGGAGAGUGAGCCCAACCUAUACCCUCUCUACAUCGCCGUGCGCGAGUACUUCGAGAUCAAGCCGCGUAUCCAAGUCCUCAACGAGCGCUGCCGCGUCUUCCUCGACCUGGCAGAAAUUCUUUCGGACUCAAUUGCCGACAAUCGCACUUCCCACCAAACAUGGAUCAUCAUCGUCCUCAUCGUAAUCUCCAUCCUCGUCACCAUCUCCGAAGUCUUCCUACGCUUCGGCCUCCUGCACGCCCGUGAAACCGCUGCCACCACCCCUGCAGCCAUCAUUGCCCGCGCUAUGGGCCGUGCUUCUCGCGCGUCACCCUCAGGGUUAUCCUACACCACUGCUAAUGCUCCACCGGGCUGUAUUUGCCCGUCUAUCCCGUCUGCGGGCGGUUCAGAUAUGGGUAUGAAUGGGAUUAUGGGACUGGGUCUUUGA